AUUAGGACUUGUUUCAAUUUUGGGUGGUCAAUUAAAGUCAAAUAAUAAAAAUCCGGUAUGUAUAACUAUAAACUAAGUGUAAAAAGUCUCGGUUGCCCCUUAUGUUACAAAUGUAUUAAUUCAUAUAUUUUCAUAUUUUCCGUAUGCAAAAUGUUAUUAUAUAGGGAUGGAAUAUGUGAGUGACAAAUGGACCCAAAAUCUGAAGUAUACUUGUAUUAUGAAAAAUAAAACUACAUUACAUUAAAGAAAAUAAAAGGCAUAUAAAAUGCAAAUUUGCUCACGUCAAAUUCUUUUGGGAUUGAGCAAAUGUGUAAAUAAUGUGUUUGUUUUUUGGUGCAGAUAUUUGUUUAUACAUUUAAUUUUAGGAUUGGGCGAUUAAAUGAAAAAUAUAUUUAGUUUUAUACAUAUUUAUGAGAAGAUUAUGAAGACACGAGCUACAUAAUUGAGAAAAUUAAGUCGAUCGUAUCAUCAGAUCAUGUCAUCAGAUCCUUAGGGAUAGCUGAUAUUCACCACCUUCUCGUCUGUUUCCUAGAAACUUAAGACAUGAUAAAUAAGAAAUCAAGUCGUUUCAAAACGCAAUUCCAAACAAAGCGUAAAUCGUACGAUAUUUGAUAUUCACCACCUUCUCGUCUGUUUCCUAGCGGCAAUUCUUAAGUCGAUCAUGUCAUCAGAUCCUAGGGAUAGCUGCACUGUUUAUAUUGGUAAUUUGGAUGAGCGAGUAAGCGAUAGGGUUUUAUACGAUAUACUUAUUCAAGCUGGUCGUGUAGUUGAUUUGCACAUUCCUCGAGAUAAAGAAACUGAUAAACCAAAAGGCUUUGCGUUUGCAGAAUAUGAAACAGAGGAGAUUGCUGAUUAUGCUGUCAGGCUUUUCACUGGGCUUGUCACCCUUUACAAUAAAACCUUGAGAUUUGGGAUAUCUGGACAAGACAAGGACACCUUGAACUUGCAAGCACAAUCCAUGUCCAUGCUCACAUAUACCUCUACUUUUAAAUCAAGCUUCCAUGAAGAUGUUGCUAUGAGCUCUCUGUCACGAUAUGCACAAGAUGAAGAUUUGGGGUUGAAUAAAGACAAGGAGGUGUAAGUCUAGAGCACGAAGGUGUUAAUACUUAAUAGUAUCUUUUUGACAGUUUAAAAAGUUGCUUAUAUGAUCUUGUAUUUAGAAAUGUGUUCAUGCAUGGUUUUUUUAUGUAAAUAAAGUUUUGAUUUCCAUUGGAGAACUAAAAUGAUCUUGA